GGUGCCACUCCAAGGCCAGAUUGCACACAUCACUUUUUUACGUGAUCGACUGUUACACUCUCUGCUCUGCUUGCUUCCAAGCUUCCUCUUGGUACUUGGAUUUUCUUCUUCAUUCUUCUCUUUCUCAACCUCGUCAACCCCCCGUCUGGAGCUCGGUACACAAUGGUCAACUUCAAGUGGUCUUCUCUUGCUUUGCUCGCUCUGCGCGCCGCCACCGUCUUUGCUCAGGACGAUGCCGACGCCGAGCCCAAUGUUUCGACUGCCGCCGAGACUCCAGAGCUCAAGGCCGAUAUCGAAACCACCUUCCCCGACUCUGAUAUCUUUGGUGUGAAGCUCGUCAAUAACCGCAUCAACAAGGCCCUCAUUCAGAUCACCAAUAAUGAGGCGACUCCAAUUGACGUUGUCUACAUCGGCGGUGCUUUCAAGACCACCCAACCCCUCCCCGAGGAUGCUCCUGCCUGGGGCGCCAUUAUCCGCAACUUGACCGCUGUCAAGGUCGAGGCCUCGAUUCCUCCUGGUGGCAAGCACCAGAUCCCUUUCCAGUUCACUCAGGAUAUGAACCCCCAGGAUGUCAUUCUUGACCUCAUGGCGGUCAUUACCCACGCCGAGUCCGGUCACGUCUACCAGGUUCUCGCCCACUCCGGUCCCGCCACCAUUGUUGAACCCCCUACCAGCAUCUUCGACCCUCAGAUCAUCUUCCUCUACCUCUUCCUCACCGGUCUCUUCGGCGCCACCCUCUACUUCGUCUACAAGACCUGGAUCGAGGCCCUCUUCCCCCAAACCCGCCGCGUUCCCGCCGUCAAGGGCAAGAAGGUUAAGAAGGUUGAGGUUGAGCCCCUCUCUGGCUCCGAGUCGGCCGGUGCCACCAGCACUGGUGCUGACAAGGACUACGAUGAGGCCUGGAUCCCCACCCACCACAUCAACCGCCCCGUCGCCAAGCGCGUCAAGAGCAGUGCCAGCGGCAAGGCUAAAUAAAUUUGGACCAGCCACGAUAUAUAGAUGGGAGGAACGAGCGUUGGGACAGGUUGACUCCUUGUCCUUUCGGGUGUAAGAUGGGUUUUGCGGUUAUAGCGGGGUUGGUUUGGCAAGGGUAGGUAGGGUGCAUUUUACAAAUCUGGCGGGCAUUAUUUAUACAAAUUUUACUUGCCUGGAAACUGGACUGGGAUAUUGGGCAGGUCUGUAUGAUGAAGUAAGAAAAAAGUUGGGUGCGUGCUUUUUUGUAUGUACUAUAUGCUUCGUAUGUUGGUCUGGAAUCUAUGAAUUAAUGUCUGAUGUUGAGCGGUGGGGUGUGACACGUGGACGCGUUUGGGACGGAGGGGACGUGUCUGAGGUUGGAGAUCUCGUGUAUCUUGCAAUGGGUGAUGGGCACGCUUCUGCAUGGGACUAUAUGGCAUGGUAUACGUCGG